AUGUUUUUGUACAGAAUUCAAAUAUUCAUCGGGCAUGCACACGGGUCAAUCGCCAGAGGGGGGAUAUUUAAUUUCAACGGUAGAGGAAUGAUUACAAUUUGUGUUAAUGUUGUCGAUAGGAGGAACAAAAAACAUCAUUUUAGUGGCACGUUGAACACAACUUCUACUGUGGCAACAUGGAACGUUAGAACAUUGUACCAGACUGGAAAUUUCGAGAACAAAAAAUCAGAUGUCAUUACCUUUGAAAAAGGCAAAUUUAUCUACUCUCAGGAUGAUUCAUACAAACGAGAAGUAGGUAUACUUUUAAACAAUAAAAUGUCUAAACAUUUAGAAGAUUUCUGGGCGGUGUCAGAUAGAGUUUUGUUGGUCAAAAUACACGCAAAACCUUUCAACCUAGCUGUUAUUCAAGUUUAUGCGCCAAAGUCUGAGAGCAGUGAAAAAGACCUUGAUGCUUUUUACAGUGAUCUUGAUGAUGAUUAA